AAAAAUUAGAGAUGUUAUACAGAGAUGUUAAAUGCUCACAUGCUCUAUUUACCCUGUGUGUGUGUUUUUUAAAUAUUAUUUUAGUGAUUGGCAUCAUUUGACGGUUGACCGGCGGGGGGCGCCAUACAGCUAGCCUAAGCUGUUACACACCGGAAGCGUGCGACAAAAACAAAACAGAAGAAAGCGCGCGAAGGCUUGUAAAAUUAUAAAAGGAAGACUUCACCCACAGGGGAGCGUCAGAGUUUUGGCCGGGCUGAAGUUUUUUAGUUGUUGUUUUUGAUUUUUUGGGAAAGAGCCGACUGGACGCUAAAGGAUUAUUGGACGGGGCAGUUCACAUGCCUCCUGUUACUAGCCACCGAUAAAGUCCCAUUUGGUGUGUUUUUAGGAAAAGACAGGAACAAAACUAUAUUUCUAAAGAAAAAUAAUAAUAAUACGAAGGGAAAAAAGCUAUUGAACUCAGACUCUGACCAACAAAAUGGCCCUUCUCCCCGGGACGUCAUCUCGUUGAGGAACUCUGAACCGACAUUGAAGAUCUUUUCUAGAACGAUACCAAAAUGAGUGGAAGAGGAAAAGGAGGCAAAGGACUCGGUAAAGGAGGCGCCAAGCGUCACCGUAAAGUUCUCCGUGAUAACAUCCAGGGAAUCACCAAGCCCGCUAUCCGCCGUCUGGCUCGCCGCGGGGGAGUCAAGCGGAUCUCCGGUCUCAUCUACGAGGAGACCCGCGGUGUGCUCAAGGUCUUCCUGGAGAACGUCAUCCGUGACGCCGUCACCUACACCGAGCACGCCAAGAGGAAGACCGUCACCGCCAUGGACGUGGUGUACGCUCUCAAGAGGCAGGGCCGCACUCUGUACGGCUUCGGAGGUUAAACUGUCCCGUUAAAUUCAACAACUAAACGGUCCUUUUCAGGGCCACACAUCUUCUAACGAGCUAAAGUUUCCUUUGUACAAUUCUGAUCUUAUAAGUUGGGGAAACUAUCAUAAACAUGCAUGAAUUACUAUUGCAACAGAGCUGAGAACAUUUCCAGACUGUCUUCAC